UGUGCAGUAGGCGAAAAAUGCGCUCAAACUUGCGUUCAAAACUUCUUGCCUUCUUGCGCUCACUAGUUUUUUUACAAAGUCGUCAAAGAGGAAUUUAAAAUUUAAUCGCGAGACCAGGGAAGGAAUGUCGCAGUUUCUUUAGAAUAGAUAUGAUGUUUGGGGAAAAAGCAUUUGAACUUGUUCGAGAACUUCAUGCAAGCGGAGCAGAUACUCUGCCCUUGUACAAUGGAGAAGUCGUCCGGCAGGUUUUGGACGAAAUGAAAGUUCUCUAUGAACGAAACCAACGAGAUGUGAAUUCGUCAAUGAAUGAGGACUCUGGAUAUUUGGCCACAGUUCACUUAAGACAUGCAGCCCUCGAAAGGAACAAGCGAUGCCUGUUAGCUUAUCUUGUUAAUAGACUAAAUAGAAUCAGGGACCUGCGUUGGGACUUUGGCAGUGUCCUUCCAAAAGAAGUUGCUGAAAGUUUAUGUGAUCAGGAAGCACAUUGGCUGAACAACUACAACAAGCACUUGGCUACUUACAUGAGAGGUCUGGACGGAAUAGAUUUGACUCAAGAACAUCGACCUCCAAAAACAUUGUGCCUUCAAGUUCGUUGCCUCCAAGAUUAUGGGUUACUUGAACUAGAGGAUGGAGAACAAGUGCUACUGAAAAAAGACACCACUCAUCUUUUGCCACGUUCAGAGUGUCUUCUCCUAAUCCGACAAGGAGUUCUUGAACAUAUCACUCACUAAAUAUUGCAUUUCAGGGGCAUUUCUUCCUGUUGCAAUCUAUGUGUGUACAACUUUUCUCGUUAAGUCUUUUUUUUAAUUGCAAUUAUAAUGUUACUAUCAAUCUACAAGGAAAUAUUUAAAUGUGGCUCAAUUUGAAAAAAAAACUAAAAUUAUGUAUUUUGAAUUUUUUAGAGUUGAAAUAUAUUUUUGGAAGAAAUGAGAGA